AUGGGAGACUUCUCGCGCAUCCAGAAGGAGCUCAGGGAGUGCGCCAAAGAUCAGAAGUCCGGGGUCACAGCAAGCCCCGUAGGCUCUAGCCUCAACCACCUCUCUGGCACCAUCACGGGUCCCGACGGGACCCCCUACGAGAAAGGCGUCUUCAAGAUCGACAUCCAGAUCCCAACCUCCUACCCCUUCGAGCCCCCCAAGAUGAAGUUCGUCACCAAGAUUUGGUGCGUGCGCGACGGCUGA